AUGGCCCGCACCAAGCAGACCGCUCGCAAGUCCACAGGCGGCAAAGCCCCUCGCAAGCAGCUGGCCACGAAGGCCGCCCGCAAGUCCGCCCCUGCCUCCACGGGCGGCGUCAAGAAGCCCCACCGCUACCGCCCCGGCACGGUGGCCCUUCGGGAGAUCCGUCGCUACCAGAAGUCCACGGAGCUGCUCAUCCGCAAGCUGCCGUUCCAGCGCCUCGUCAGGGAGAUCGCGCAGGACUUCAAGACGGACCUGCGGUUCCAGAGCGCAGGGAUCGGAGCGUUACAGGAAGCUUCGGAAGCCUAUCUCGUCGGACUCUUCGAGGACACCAACCUGUGUGCCAUUCACGCAAAACGAGUCACCAUCAUGCCGAAGGACAUCCAGCUGGCGAGACGCAUCCGCGGAGAGCGAGCAUAG